AUCUUCAACACCCAAUUACUUCUCUCUGUCUCUCUCUCUCUCUCACAAACACACACACACAAGUCAUGAGAACUUAAGCAAGUCAAGUUAUAGGAAUAGGAGGCACAAUACAAGAAAGAUUGCUUGGCUCUCUGGCUAGCUAACCAAAGGACGGACCCCAUAGUGUAGGGCAGUGCCUCCCCUCUCUUUGAGACUACCCUGCUACUUGCUUUGGUUUAAAACAGAGCACUGAAGACAUUUUUGUUUGCAUGGCCCCCUUCUCAUUCAAUGGUUCCUGGUUCAUGUCUUCAAGAGCAAAUGUUUAACCCAAUAUGGCACGUGUUUGAAAGAAAUUGAAUUGAAUAUAAUAAAUAUGGAUGGUAAUAACAAGAUAGAAGAGAGGUUAUUGACAUCAACAGAAGGAGGAGAUUGUGGUGGUGGUGGUGGUGGUGAUUUGAAAAAAGGGGUAUGGGUCGAAUCAAGAAAGAUAUGGAGGGUAGCAUUUCCAGGGAUAUUAGCAAGAGUUAGUUCAUUUGGAACACUGGUCAUUACUCAAUCUUUCAUGGGACACAUUAGUGAACUUGAUCUUGCUGCCUAUGCUCUUGUCCAAACUCUUAUUGUUCGUUUUUCCAAUGGCAUACUUUUGGGAAUGUCCAGCGCAACUGAAACCCUAUGUGGCCAAGCAUUUGGAGCAGGGCAACACCACAUGAUGGGUAUAUACUUGCAACGAUCAUGGAUUGUCAAUUUCAUUACUGCAACAAUCUUGCUUCCUUUCUUCAUCUUCACAACGCCCAUUUUUCGUCUACUUGGUGAAGAAGAAGCUAUAGCAAAAACAUCCAAGAAUAUAGCCCUAUGGUUUAUUGCCUUUCUCUAUAGCUUUGUCUUUGCUUUGACCAUCCAAAUGUACCUACAAGCGCAAUUGAAGAACAUGGUUGUGGCGGUUCUCUGCACUUCCUCAUUUGCAAUCCAUGUGCUGUUGUCUUGGAUCUUUGUGAGCAUACUAGACUUGGGAAUACCUGGCGCGAUGGGUGCAUUGGCCAUAUCUUCUUGGUUAGUGGUUUUUGGAGAGUUUGUGUAUCUUUUUGGAGGUUGGUGCCCCCAUUCAUGGAAAGGAUUCACCACUGCCGCCUUCUCUGAUUUAUGGCCUGUUGUAAAGCUCUCAGUAUCCUCAGGCAUAAUGCUUUGCCUAGAGUUAUGGUACAAUUCUGUUUUAAUUCUAGUGGCGGGAUACAUGUCAAACGCAGAGGUUGCCAUUUCUGCCUUCUCGAUUUGCCUUAAUAUCAGCGCUUGGGAAUUUAUGUUGUGCCUUGGCUUUCUCGGUGCUGCAUGUGUGCGGGUAGCGAACGAAUUGGGAAGAGGAGAUGCUAAAGCAGCAAAGUUUUCAAUUAAAGUUAUAUUGUGUACUUCUGUUCUGCUCGGAUUAAUCUUCUUCGUUCUUUGUUUAAUCUUCGGUCAUGACAUAGCGUACUUGUUUACAAGCAACGAGGAAGUUGCAGCAACUGUUUCUGAUCUAUCUGUCCUUCUAGCUUUCACCAUGUUGUUAAAUAGCAUUCAACCGGUACUCACAGGGGUCGCGGUUGGUGCUGGUUUGCAAAGCAUAGUCGCUGGUAUUAACCUUUGUUGCUUUUAUGUGAUUGGGAUUCCGAUUGGAGUAUUGCUUGCAUACGUGGCUGAUCUUGAAGUUAAGGGAUUAUGGAUAGGAAUGACCGCUGGGGUGGUAAUGCAAGUUAUUGCACUAUCCUUCAUGGUAUGGAGAACCGAUUGGGAUGAACAGGUGAAUAAGGCAUCUGAACGCCUUGGCCGAUGGUUUUUGAAACCCUCUGAGGAAUCUGAUGAAGGCCUCAAUCACUCUUGAAAUUGAAAAACUAAUAAAGACUUUUCGAGUAAAUGAACCACAAGCAUACUUCAAAUUUAAUUUUGAAUUCAGAUGUUAGAAAUUUGAGUCUAAUUAUUUUACUUUAUUAUUUUUAUGAUCCGUACAACAGUGAGCAUAUCACAUUGUCAUGCAAUGGCAGCUUCAUUUUGAUCCUACUUGUAAGUUGUCAUUCGUUUCCAGUCUAGAAAAUGGAAACUGAAGGCUAGAAAGUUUUGAUUUCAACGAGAUACAGGGGCAUGGAAGAACUCUCGAGCCUGAGACUCGGGUAGGAUUGUUGGUUUGCUUGUAAUUUAACAAUGCGACUGAAGAGUUUGUUGUAAUGUUUUUAUGACAUUUUCAUUUUGCAAACGUUUUAGUUUGUGAAUCAUAUUUCUCAAGCCUUGAGUAUGCGUUUACUAGUUUGUAGUUGUUUGAAAAUUUCAUAGAUAAUGAGUAUUAUUGUGCCAAAAUCAA